AUGGCUGACUACAAGCUCGCUGGCAAGGUUAUCGCCCUGACUGGCGGUGCAUCCGGCAUCGGCCUCGCAACUGCCAAAUUACUCGCACAGCAGGGCGCCCGUGUGUCCAUUUCUGACGUACAGGCCGCAGCUCUCGACUCCGCUAAGGCCAUAAUCCAGCAGGCUAUGCCGGGCGCCGAGGUUCUCACGGCGACCGUCGACGUGCGCGACUACGCCCAGGUCGAGGCCUGGAUCACAUCUACCGUCGAACAGUUCGGGCGGCUCGACGGCGCGGUCAAUCUCGCGGGCGUUAUGAGCAAAGACUACUUGCCCAAGCCGAUCCAGGAGACAAACUCCGAAGACUGGGACUUUGUCCUAGCCGUCAACCUCACGGGUGUAAUGCAUAGUAUGAAGGCCCAGAUGCGCGCCCUAGCGGACGGUGGCGCUAUCGUCAAUGCAUCAAGUCUCGCCGGCCUUACGGCCAUACCAUAUAACGCUGUCUACGGAGCGUCGAAACACGGCGUGAUUGGGCUUACACGGUCCGUCGCAAAGGAAGCUGGGUCCAGAGGUAUUAGGGUAAACUGCGUCUGCCCCGGCGCUAUCAAAACCCCGAUGCUGGACAACGCGAAGCACCGCGCUGGUAAUGCAGCCGAAAUAUCCGAGGGGCUUAAACAGGUCGCACUGGGCCGCGAGGGCGAGCCAGAGGAGGUUAGCAAGCUCGUGUGUUUCCUACUCAGCGAUGGCGCAUCAUACAUCAGCGGCACGAGCAUUGUCAUUGACGGAGGGUUGCAUUGCUAG